ACAUGCAUGCUAAAUCAUGCUGUUUCAUUGUGUUGAAAAUUUAUAGUUACAAGAUGGUUAUCUAUAAAAAUCUAUUGCUUAUUGAACACAUAUUGAUUAUGAAAUUAAGAUAUAACAGAUCAACGACUUUCAUCCCUGAACUGCAGAUAUAUUUCUGAAGCAAAUAAAAAUUUAAUCUGGUUAUACGCGACCAAUCUGUUCGCAGUGCAGUAGUUCAUCGGCGAUACAUAUGUGACGCAAUAAUCAUGAUUUGAACGUUUAAAAAUUUAAUCUGGAAAUACGCGACCAGUAAUCAUGAUUUAAAAUUGAAUUUGUCAAAUAUUGGAACAUCCAAUUACCAAAAACACAAUGACAAACGGAACAUUAGUAUAUAAACACGACGAACAGAUAGAAGCUUGGAUUGAUGACGCAACAUGGAUCUUAACAAGUUCUUUCAUCAUUUUUACAAUGCAGUCAGGAUUUGGUCUGUUAGAAAGUGGAAUGUCCAGCAAGAAGAAUGAGGUAAACAUAAUGAUAAAGAAUGUGGUAGACGUGGUGUUUGGUACACUGACAUAUUGGGCAGUGGGAUAUGGCCUAACCUUUGGGACGGACGAAGGCGCUAAUUGGUUUACUGGAGUCGGGUCCUUCUUUUUAGACCCUGACGAGGAAACCAUGGGAACAGAGUUUUCAAAAUUCAUAUUUCAAGCCUCGUUUUGUACAACAGCUACUACCAUAGUAUCAGGAGCAAUAGCAGAAAGAACCAAACUGACUGCCUACAUUGCUUUUUGCUUGCUGAACACAGUUGUAUACAGUUUCCCUGCUCACUGGGUGUGGUCAAAGGAUGGAUGGUUGAAACAGAUGGACGUAGUAGAUGUUGCAGGUGUUGGACCGGUCCAUUUAGUUGGAGGUGUGUCAGCACUAGUAGCUGCAAUAAUGGUGAAACCAAGAUAUGGAAGAUUCUCGGACGACCAAUUGACUGUACAUGGAAACUCUGUUAAUGCUGUCCUUGGAUUGUUCAUUUUAUGGUGGGGAUGGUUAGGAUUCAAUUGUGGUAGUACAUUUGGAAUCAGUGGAGGCAAAUGGAAAAUUGCUGCAAGAUCUGCUGCUACGACAAUUUUAUCUUCUUGUAGUGGAGGCGUAAUGGCUUUCUUAUUGAGCAAAAUUGUAAACAGGACAAGUAGUCAUGAAUACAGCUAUGGUUUCUUAUUACACAAGAGAAAAUUUGAUGUUCAACUGUUAGUGAAUGGAAUUCUGGGAUCACUUGUUAGUAUAACAGGUAUAUGCGCAGUCACAACUACAUGGGCUGCUAUCCUCAUUGGAGCAGUUGGCGCAUGUGUGACUACGUUUGGACAAAUAGCUCUAGUCAAGAUGAAGGUAGACGACCCAGUUGGCGCAGUAGCAGUUCAUUUAAUGGGUUCACUGUGGGGAAUUUUGUGUUGCGGUCUCUUUGGUCUGAAAGAUGAUAUUGAGCACAGUUUUAGUCAUCAUGAUGGACUAGUUUGGGGAGGCGGUUUUUACUUACUUGGAGUUCAGACAAUGGCUGCAGUCGCGAUCAUCAUAUGGUCAGUGGUGACGUCGUUUAUUGUUCUCAAGUUUAUUGACUUGACUAUAGGGUUACGACUUACCUUAGAAGAAGAACUUUAUGGUGCUGAUUAUUGCGAACACAACGUUGAACUUCCGCCGGAUGUGAAGGAGUAUGCUGAAUCGGUACUGCGCAGACUGAAGGAAAAGGCAGAACGAGAAAAGAAAAUUAACGGAAACAUCCCACGAGUAGAACUAGUUAAUUCAACCCUUGAUCAUCCGACAGACAACAGUCCUGCACGUGACACAGAUGAUCUUAUUCUUGAAAACGUCAACAAAAGUUCUGACGAGGAGGCUACUGAUAACGACGAUAAAGUGCGCAAAAAAUGCGAACAGAAAGAAAAUGGCAGAACAAACGCAGACGAAAGUUUAAAGCAAAACAAUGGUCUUAAAGGAAAUAUACAGGAUGGACAGAAAAAUGCAGGUGGUAAUCUGAAUAGGAGGAAGAGAGCUCGUAAAACAGUUGUUUUUGCACCCAUGAAAGGAGAUCAGAAAGUUGAGGGUGGGCAGUGUAAUCCUGCAUUUGAAGAUUGACGUUUUUUUUCUCUCCCAGCAUAAUUUAGUUUAGAGUGCAGCAUUGUACUUUAGCCGAAAUUAUCAUCUUAGUAAAGGAAA